UUCUCUGAUAAACCUUCUUCACUUCAUGACGGUUACGCCGAAGUUAUCGAAGCAACAGAAGAUGAAGAGGAGCUUUAGCAACAGCAGCUUCUUCGAUGAUGACGAAUUUGAAGCCGCUGAAAUCCUGCUUCAACUCCCGCAGCUGAUAGUCCAAGAGAAAUAUGGAUUUGGUUCUCCGUUUUCGUUCUCUUGGGGUACUAAAAGAAGGCGAUCUGCAGCCGAUUCGAACCCAUUACCUCCUCAUCUUCCUUCAUCUCCACCUCUGCUUUCUAACUCCUUCAAUAGCAGCAAAUCGAGCCUCAAGGUCGAGUCUUCAAGUCCUGUAACCCCUCUUUCCUUCUCGCCUAGCGAAUCCGAUUCCAAGCCGGUGAUGGUAUAUAACAGAAAGAAAAUGACGAAACAGGAGAUGCUUGAAAUCAUACAACAUUUAGGAGAGAACGUAAGAAUACUAAAACAGGAACUGCCAAAGACGAUGGCUCACUAUGAAAUGCUGAAACGUACAAAUUCGAUGUUAAGACAAAUGGAGGGAGAGCUAAGUUCUUGCGAGAAACAAAAAGAGCAUAAUUUGAAUUCCACCCCAAGAUCAAUCACGGGUCUUGCGUUGGAAAAAGUUCCCCUUUCAGUUCCAGUUGAAGCAACAGAAGAUAAAGAAAAUGAGGAUAAGGGUGAGCAGCAAGAGGGAGAAGAAGAAUUUCCAGUGAUGAAUCGACAGGCUGAGGUGGUAUUGGAACGUUUGACAUCCGGAUCUGAAACCAUGGAGAGUUGCAGUUUCAAGGAACCAUGCGAACUGAAAUGGGUAUCGCCUGUGAUGUCAUCGGGGAUUGGGUUCGUGAUGGCGAAGCAGUUGAGCCCGCUUGGUCUUCCUGAUCUUAAUUUCUCAACAGAGGACUCUUUGGGGAUUGAUUUUUCUCACUAUUAUGAGCUUAGCAAGGCAGCCAUUGCUGCUCAGGCAAGGAAGAGAAGGAUUGAGAUUAACAGAUACAAAAGCUGCACGGCCUCUGUAAAACCACGUUUCAGAUGACGAUCUCUCUCUGUCUCUCUCCCUUGCUCUGGUUUCUUUUUCUUUCUUUUUUUCGAUUUUUUAUUAUAUAAUAUUAAUUAGCCGCUUAAGCUGAUAAAGA